AUGGGCUUCGAAAACCAAAGAAUAGCCAUCAUCGGAGGCGGCUUAGGAGGCAUGUCCUUCAUCAACGCCGCCCUGCACGUAGGCCUCACCAACGUCCAGCUCUACGAGCAAGCGGCCCAAUUCAGCGAGGUCGGGGCGGGCAUCAACAUCACGCAGAACGCGAAUCGCAUUCUGGACAGGUAUGGUCUGAGGGAGAGCAUGCUGAAGAAAUCCUCCCGCAACCUGCCCUGCUACAUGGAGUAUCGCAACUACCGGACGGGCGAGUACCUGGGCCACAUCGACGAGUUCGGCGAGCCCCGGGCGCGGUUGCUGCAUCGCGCACACCUCCUUGAGACGCUGAAGGAGCGCGUCCCGGACUCGGUCCUCAACCUCAACAAGCGGCUGAGGUCGAUCAGCAAGACUGACGACGGCACAGCGUACCGGUUGUUCUUCGAAGACGGCACCUCGACCGAGGCGGACAUCGUGAUCGGGUGCGACGGCAUCAAGUCGGUCGUGCGACGGGUAAUGGGCAUCACCGACUCGCCCAACUAUUCCGGCCAGGUCGUCUACCGGGGCUUUGUGGACUACAAGGACCUGCCCCCGGCGACAGCGCAGUUGUUGCGCAAGACGGUCAAUUUCCGCGGCCCCAAGCGGCACGUCUUGAUCCUGCCCAUCGGCAACGAGGAAUCGCGCACGGCCAGAGCGGCCAUCAUCGGGUUCAUGACCGAGCCGCUCGAGGCCUGGAAGUCGGAGAGCUGGAUGUCCCGGUCUCCCAAUGAUGAGCUGGAGGCACACGCCAAGGACUGGUGUCCGGCCGUGCAGCACAUCAUUGCAGGACUCCGCAAGGGAUCCCCGGAUAACAAGAUGAUGAAGCAGGCUCUGUAUGUGCGCGACCCGCUGGACAAGUGGUACCAAGUGAACGACAGCAACAAGGCGUCGGGGAUCAUUCUUCUGGGUGACUCGGCACAUUCCACCCUUCCUCAUCAAGGGCAAGGAACCUGCAUGGCCAUCGAGUCCGGCAUCGCCCUCGCCACCAUCCUCAAGUACUGGAAGGCCCAGAAUCAUGACCUAGGCGCUGCAUUCCAGUUCUAUCAGGACUUGCGCAAGCCUCGCACCGACCGGGUCACCCGGACGAGUUACGAGGCGGGCAAGCUGGCCAGCUCCGACAACCCGGAUCAGCUGGACGAGAUGUUCAACCCCGAGGUGAUCCUGGAGCGCAUGCGGUGGAUUAUGGAGUACGAUGUCCUGGAGGAUCUACGGUCCAGGAAUGCAUCUUGCCAGUUUCUGGACUUGCCGCAGGACUAUGGCCAGCUUCGUUCUACGCUGUGA